AUGCAGAGGGGCCCUGGUUGCGGUGUUGGUAACGACGUCGUUGAUGACGUUGGUGGUGACGAUGGCGACAAUAACGCUGGUAACGGAGACAAUAACGCUUGUGGUAACGGCGACAAUAACGCUGGUAACGGCGACCAUAACGCUUGUAACGGAGACAAUAACGCUGGUAACGGGGACAAUAACGCUUGUGGUAACGGCGACAAUAACGCUUGUGGUAACGGCGACAAUAACGCUGGUAACGGCGACAAUAACGCUGGUAACGGCGACAAUAACGCUGGUAACGGCGACAAUAACGCUGGUAACGGCGACAAUAACGCUGGUAACGGCGACAAUAACGCCGGUAACGGCGACAAUAACGCCGGUAACGGCGACAAUAACGCUGAUAACGGCGACAAUAACGCCGGUAACGGUGACAAUAACGCCGGUAACGGCGACAAUAACGCUGGUAACGGCGACAAUAACGCCGGUAACGGCGACAAUAACGCCGGUAACGGAGACAAUAACGCUGGUAACGGCGACAAUAACGCUGGUAACGGAGACAAUAACGCUUGUGGUAACGGCGACAAUAACGCUGGUAACGGUGACAAUAACGCUGGUAACGGCGACAAUAACGCUGGUAACGGCGACAAUAACGCUGGUAACGGCGACAAUAACGCUGGUAACGGCGACAAUAACGCUGGUAACGGCGACAAUAACGCCGGUAACGGCGACAAUAACGCCGGUAACGGGGACAAUAACGCCGGUAACGGGGACAAUAACGCCGGUAACGGGGACAAUAACGCCGGUAACGGGGACAAUAACGCCGGUAACGGCGACAAUAACGCCGGUAACGGCGACAAUAACGCCGGUAACGGCGACAAUAACGCCGGUAACGGCGACAAUAACGCCGGUAACGGCGACAAUAACGCCGGUAACGGUGACAAUAACGCCGGUAACGGCGACAAUAACGAGAGAACAAGCAACAACGGGACCAGCGGGACACCCCAGUCUGGAGCCGCGCUUCAUCCGGUGUUCUCUUUCCGUAACUAA